AUGAUAUUUGUCGAUCUCUUGAGCCUUGACUUUUCCAGUGGUGCAAGGACAACAGAAAGAUAUUAAAUCAUCCAGUGACCCAUGCAGCUAAGGUAUCUGACUUCCAGAGAUAUGAAAAGUGUUCUUGAGGGGAGAAACGGGUCAGGAAAUGCAGUACCGGAAAGUAAGACCCACGUACGUCGAUUCGGGUUCUCUAAUCCUGCUGCCGGCCGGUUGGAGAGCGACCGAGGUGCAGUGCAGACCGACCAUGGCUCGUGUCCUCGUCCGCAUCCUAGCGGCGGCGCUGCUCCUCUUCGGCCCUUGCCAGGCAACGGUGGACGGCAUCACGGCGAUCUACAACUUCGGGGAUUCCCUAUCGGACACCAGGAACUUCGUCCGAGAAGGCGCCAUGGGCAUGAUGCGGAAGCUCCCCUCCGGCAUCACCAUCAACCGCGCCACGGGGCGGUGCUCCGACGGGUACCUCAUGAUCGAUGACUUGGCCAAGGACCUCGGGCUGCCGCUGCUCAGCCCGUACCUCGACAAGGGCGCCGACUUCACCCACGGCGCCAACUUUGCCGUCACCGGCGCCACCGCGCUCGACACACCGACGCUGGCGAGGCAUGGGGUCGAUGUCCUCCACACCAACAGCUCCCUCGCCGUCCAGCUCCAAUGGUUCAAAGACCUCAUGAACGCCACCACCAAGUCCCCUCAAGAGGUCCGCGCCAAGCUGGGGGGAUCGCUGGUGUUGCUGGGGGAGAUCGGCGGGAACGACUACAACUACACCUUCUUGGUGAACAAGAAAGACGUGGUGCGGAUGACGAUCGGCGCCGUGGAGGCCAUGGGGCUGGUUCCAGAGGUCGUGCGGUCGAUCCUGAAUGCGUCGAACGCAAUGCUCGAGAUGGGCGCCACGCGGAUGGUGAUCCCGGGGAUUCCGAUCGGGUGCGCGCCGGGGUACCCGAGCGCGGUGGGGAGCAGCAGCGACCCGCUGGCGGAGUACGACGGGGAAGGGUGCCUCGUGGCGCUCAACCUCUUCGCGCAGGUGCACAACGUGCUGCUGCAGCGGGGGAUCCAGGAGCUGCGGGAGGCGUACCCGGCGGCCACGAUCGCCUACGCCGACUACUUCGCGGUGUACCUGCAGAUGCUCGGGGACGAGCGCAAGCUGGGCUUCGACGGCGACGGCGAAGGCGGCGCGGCCUUGGCCAAGGCGUGCUGUGGCGUGGGCGGCGGGAAGUACAAUGUUGACCUGGACAGGAUGUGCGGCGCGCCGGCGACGGUCUGCGCCAGGCCGGGUGGGUUUAUCAGCUGGGACGGGAUCCACCUCACGCAGCACGCCUACAGGGUUUUGACCGACCUGCUAUAUCACCAGGGCUUCGCGUCUCCUGCACCAGUCAACUUCUCAGCUGUCUAGACAUACAGAUACAGUGCACUGAUUAUCUGUACCCUGUGCUAGAUACAGAAAUAGCAUAGGUUUGAUUAAUCGAUUCAGGCCAUCAAAAAUUGGAUAGAUGUCAAAAUAAGUUGGAACCUAAAUUUAGUAAACGAUGACAUUUUGUAGAGCUCAAAUCUGUCAUGUGACAUGUGACGGCUGGCGUGGUCAUUAGAGCAUGUCCAAUGUCCAAUGCGGUGCUUUCUGUGGACGUUAGGGACAAAAAGUAAAAUACAGAGGUCCUAAUAUUA